GCGGCGGCGGCCCGGCCCGCGGCGUUUCCUAGCAGCGGGCGCCGCCAUGUCGCCGCGGCGCGGCGGGCCGCUGGGCUACGCGCUGCUGUGCGGGCAGGCCGCGCUGCUGCUCGGCAACCUGCUGCUGCUGCACGGCGCCUCCCGCGCCGCGCCCAACAACGCCUCCGAGCCCGACGCGCCGGGGCCGGACCCGCCCGCCGCCGCCUGGGCCUACAGCGACCCGCAGGCGCCGCUCGUGCUCUGCACCUACCUCCCCGAGGAGUUCGUGGAGUGCGAGGAGCCCGUGGACCACGGCGGCAACGCCACGGCGCAGCAGGAGCUGGGGCACGGCUGCGUCAAGUUCGGCGGGCAGGCGCACGGCGACGUGGACCACACGCGGGUGCAGUGCCGGGCGCUGGACGGCAUCGAGUGCGCCGAGCCGCGGAGCUUCCUGCGCGGCAGCAAGCCCUGCAUCAGGUACACCGGACACUAUUUUAUAACCACUUUGCUCUACUCGUUUUUCCUGGGUUGCUUCGGAGUGGAUCGCUUCUGCCUGGGCCACACGGGGACCGCCGUGGGGAAGCUGCUGACGCUCGGAGGCCUCGGGAUCUGGUGGUUCGUGGAUCUGAUUCUCCUCAUCACCGGAGGGCUGAUGCCCAGCGAUGGCAGCAACUGGUGCACCGUGUACUGACAGGAGCAAAGCUGCUUCCAGAGAAAACCACAGCGUCUCCGCAGGACUGGAGAUGGACGCUUCCACUUGCUGCGUAGCAUCAGAACAGACUUCUCGUGCGGGUUUCUGCCUCGUACAAACGUGGAUUUACAAAGCUGUAACUUGAUCUGCAGAACAAUUACUCUUAUUAAUUCCUCUGUACAGGCCGUGGACACAAAAUUGUUCAGUAUAUAUUUUGCUUGUUUACAAUAAUCUGGGCUUUUUUCCCCUCAACUGGUAAGAGUUUAAGAACUCAGAUCUUGCAAACACUGGCAGUCAAAUUAAUCUUAAUAAAGUCUGGAAAGAGCUGA